UUCAACUGUUUCCCGCGAGAAGUUCAAGAAUUCGACUCUUUUAUUUGUUAGUGUCCUAAAUUAUUAACUAAAAUGAAAACAGUCCGCAGUUAUUUUUUGUUAUUUGUACUGUGCUGUGGAACUGCCGCACAAACCGGAAGAACUUUCCUGGAAGAAUUUUUAGGACCAUAUAGAGUUGCGAGGCGCUUGCUGAUGGAAGUUCAGUUACAGUCAAAACAGAACAACAAAUCCCCUUACCGAAAAAAUCAAAUUCAGCGACAAGUACCAGAUUCGGUACCAUUUCCAUGUGAUGUACGGAACGCCCGAAGUCUUUCUAAGCCAUUAUCUGUUCAUCAGAUUAAACCUGGUGAUAUUGAUGUAACAGCAGCACUAGGUGAUAGUUUAACGGCUGGAGUAGGUGCAACUGCGAUUAAUGUGCUAGAAGUACUACUUGAAGAAAGAGGAAAAUCGUUUCCUAUUGGUGGUGAAGGUAACUGGAGGCAGUACCUAACGUUGCCAAAUAUACUAAAAAUGUUCAACUCCAACCUAAUAGGGUACGCAGUGAAGACUUCUUUGACAAUACAGCAAGAAAGUCAGUUCAAUGUUGCAGAAAUAAAUGCUAUAUCGUCAGAUAUCCCUUACAUGGCAAGAGAACUUGUUAAAAGAAUGAAGUCAACUAAAUGUGUUAAUAUAAACGAGGAUUGGAAGAUGAUUACAAUUUUUAUAGGAGCUAAUAAUUUUUGUGAUGCUUGCUAUUUGGAAGAUAUGACGGCUGCACUGGAACAACACAGGAAAGAUAUGAUCGAAGUUUUACGAAUACUUAGAGACAAUUUACCUCGAACUAUUGUUAAUUUUGUUCUACCUCCUCAUCUUAAAAUCAUAGUUGAAUUGAAGACAGAAAAUCCUGCUUGUUCUUUUAUUCGUGCCGGCCUAUGUUCGUGUUUAUUUGGUCACAGAAGUACACAAAAACAAGUGCUGUAUGAGUUCAUGGACAAAUGGUUAAAACUAGAUAUGGAAAUAGGCAAUAUUGAUGAGUUUGACACAGAUGAUUUUACGGUGGUUGUUCAACCCUUUUUACUAAAUUAUAAUUUCCCUACAUCUGCACCAGGUGUGGCCGACUCACAAUAUUUAUCAGCGGACUGUUUCCAUUUUAGCCAAAAAGCACACGCUAGAGUUGCUAAUGAUUUAUGGAAUAAUAUUAUGGAACCUGUUGGUAACAAAUCAUUUGGCGGGAACAGAGUGUUUGAAAAAUUUAACUGCCCGUCGGACAAAAGACCUUAUAUUUUUACUAGACGUAAUAGUUAGAUUUAACUACAAAAAUGAGAACUGAUAAUAAUUAAGAAUCCAAAGAUUUUUUUUCAAAAAUGACUGACAGGCUGGAAAAUGUAUUAUACACCAACAUGGAGGUAAUAAAGGGGAAAACCAGGGAGUUGUUCGUGACCUUAGUAGUAUUUUAGACUGAUGUUUGCACCUGUAUAAAAUAAUAUAAUCAUUAUUAAAAUGUCAUUACAUUA